AUUAGCAAAGCUUCUUCCCCCUUCACACUCUCUCUCUCAAAGAGAUUUUAUACAGCUCAGGCUGAGAAAAGCAUUAACGUUCCGUUAUCAAUGGUUGACAAAUCGAAGAAGGGGAAGAAGAGCACCAUCAGCGAGGAUGAUAUGUCUGCCGUUUUGCAGAGAUACUCCUUGGAAACGGUGUUCGCUUUGAUGCAAGAGAUGGAACAAGCCGCUGGAGCGAAGAUUGAUUGGGCUGAGAUGGCGAAGAAUUCCGCCACCGGAAUUUCCUGCGCGCGGGAGUACCAUAUGCUGUGGCGCCACUUAGCCUACGGAGAAGCCCUAAUUGAUCAGCUCGAUAGCGACGCUGAGCGCAUGGAUGUGGAUGAUGAGGACAGUGAUUUAGAGCAUGAGGUGGAACCUUCCCCUCCUGUCGGACGUGAAGCUUCGGUGGAAGCUGCAGCAUGUGUUAAAGUUUUAAUUGCUUCUGGUUAUCCAAAUAAUCCCCAGCUCCCGAACAACUCAACUAUUGAGGCUCCAUUGACUAUUAAUAUACCUAACACCAAGGCAGUGUCUGCUACUUCAGAUGGCUCACAUUCCCCCAAUAUAACAAGGGGGAGGAAUGUUACCAUCUCUGUUGCCGUACAAAAACAGCCACUGUCUUCAGCAGUAAGUGGUGAAAAAAGGCCUACUAAUAACGAGGCUGCAGAAGUGAACUAUCCUUCUCGAAGAAGACGGAGGAGUUGGUCUUUGGAAGAGGACUCAAAACUCACUGCUUCUGUACAGAAACAUGGGGAACGAAAUUGGGCAAAUAUUGCCAGAUGGGAUUUUAAGAAUGACAGAAGAGCAUCAGAGCUAUCUCAGAGGUGGUCCAAUCUCAGGAAAAAACAGGGCAAUUCAAAGGCUGGUACCAGCACUCAACGUUCUGAAACUCAGCUCGCAGCUGCACAUCGUGCCAUGAACCUAGCUCUGGAUAUGCGAAUCAAAACUCAGCCUCAACCUCCAAAAGCCUCUUCGUCAUCGGCAGAUCAACCAUUUCAAAGAGUAGGGCCUUCAAAACCCCAGAUGCUUGCAAAUCGGCCUUCCAUGAUCCAAAUAUCUGACGGAGAUUCAAUGGUCAAAGCUGCCGCAGUUGCUGCUGGAGCUCGCAUAGCUACUCCUGCGGAUGCUUCUUCACUAAUUGAGGCUGCACGAUCUCAAAACGUUGUGCAUAUCACAACUGGAGGCAGUUCUGUGAUGAAAUCAUCCACUCCAAGCACUGGCCAUCAACUGCCGAGCAAUGUGCAUUUCAUUCGUAAUGGUCUAGCAAAAGCAUCGAUCUCCACUUACUCUGCUCCUAAACCAAACAUAUCCGAAACUGGAGAAGCUAAGCCAGCACAAAGUCAAUCUACAAACCUUGCAGCAUCAGCAGCUCCUAAUCCCAUUGGUGUCGUUGCAGUGUCAAAUGCAACAUCUGUAAAGGAAAAUGCUGCGCCUGCACCACCAACUCCAUCUGCCAAACUUCCUGGAACAGCAGAUGAUGCGGUUGUUUCUACAUCAGGUAAUGAGAAAAAAGAGCUUAGUAAAAGCAAUCAAGGUGUUGAAUCAGACAGAGUCUCUGGUUGUGCUCCAGUAGAGCAAGGACCUGAAAAUCAAUCAGCCGCACCAGGCAAUCACUCAGAAGAAGCUGGAAUUAAUCAACUUUCUUCUUCUGGUAAUUCAACUAAUGAAAACACAGGGGGAGAUAAAGCUUCUGUUUCCGUUCUUGAACCAGUUAGUCGAGCAACAGAUGACGUAGUAGCUUUACCUACAUUAGAAGUAGAAGCAGGUGAAACCAAAACUGACGGCCAAUUGACAAGCAAAGGAACUGCUGAGAAUACGAGUACAAAUGAAAAGAGUGAAGAUUUACCCAGCACAAGCACAAACCGCCCUGCAAUGUGAAGCACGCAGCUGGAGAUGGUCGAGAGUGAACAUGCUGUGUAUAUUAGUGUCGAGGAAUCUUCUUACAUCUGAACAGAAGCCGUUAGCCUGGAUGUUGAUAUUUCAUAGCAUUUUCGAGGACAAUUGGAGAGUUAUAGUUUCUCUUUUAUCUGUAAUCUGGCCUAGAGAUUACAAAAACCAAUUUAGUGGAGAGUUUUCCUGAGUGAAAUUUUGGUAAAUUUUUGUGGAGUAAGAUUUUAAUGCCUAUUUCAUUGGCUUUCCGAUA